AUGGCGGGGCGCGGGAAAAGAAAACCCAGAUCUUUGCUGCAGCAUAUUGUUAUUCUCUGUCCCGCCACAACAUCUAGGCUGUUUUUGCAGAAGAAAAGGAAGGAGAGGGGACAACAGAAGAACGAAGCAGCUUUGGACCAGUUAGAAGAUGAUUUAAAGCGAGAGGCAGAGAGGUUGGAUUUGCCUGUGGAGCAGAAAACUAAAGCUAUGAAACAAAGAGAGAAAAAGGUGGUCACAAAGACAUUUCAUGGAGCAGGAAUUGUGGUUCCAGUGGAUAAAAAUAAUGUUGGAUAUAGAGAAUUGCCAGAAACUGAUGCAAGUCUGAAGAAGAUUUGCAAAGCGAUUGCAGAGGCCAAAGAGGAUGAGGAGAGAAUGAAAGCUUUUGCGCCCAUCCAGGAAAUGAUCACCUUUGUUCAAUUUGCCAAUGAUGAAUGUGACUACGGCAUGGGCUAUGAGCUUGGGAUAGAUCUGUUCUGUUACGGCUCACAUUAUUUCUAUAAAGUGGUACGCCAGCUGCUGCCAAUGGCAUACAAUCUGCUGAAGAGAGGUCUGUUUGGAGAGAUACUGGAGGCGCACCUUACCAGCCGUUCCCAGGACAACCUUGACCAACUCGCUGCUGUCUGACGUAUAUUGAGAGGAUGAUAAGCUAUUCAGAAUGACUUCCUGUAAAUGGUGUUGGGGUGGGGUCAGAGACAGAUUACACUGCAGUAAAUUACGCUGUUAGGUGCUGCUACUUCAUUGAAAAUGCUACAAAGCCCAGGAAAGGUUAGUUUCUUAAACCUAGAUUACUCUUUUCUAAAAGAUGUAUUGGUAAUCCAAAAUUUAAACAUUUUGUUUUAGGUUUAAUUGGUUUAACAUAAUUAAAAUGAAUAGGCACAUUUUUUAUUUUUUAUUUUUUUUAGCGCUCACUGCUCAUUCGUGCAUUAAAGAGAAAUCAAAUUGAGUUUUUCUCGCCAGGUUUUUCAUCCUGAGAAUCAACAUUUUGUGAGGAGUACUGUGCCUUUCCAAACCUGAAUUUCUUUGAUUCACACUGUCAGUCCAGUAAAUCAUAGGGAAAUGAGUUAUAGCUGCUGAAAGUUCAGUACGUUGCAUACAUUAUUUAUGAUUUUGCUUUCUGCAUUUCCAUUAACAUAUUUUGCAUAACCCAGUUGCUUGAAAGCAAUCCUUCAAUUUUCCAGUUUAUUUGAGCAGUGACUGCUGAGUGCUGAUCAACAUCUUGGUUAUGGUUUCAGAUCCGUUUGUUUAUUUUUGUGAAAGCAGAACGCUCUAUUCAUAGCAAAAGUGAGCUGAUUCUUGUUAAAAUGGUACCUUAAGUAAUCUGUACUGAGAAACUUUAAGUUAGAAAAUGAGUUUUCAGUGUCAAUUUCUUACUGUCUUCAUCAUCAUUAUGAUCAUUCCGUUAUCGUUGUCCAGUACUGUUCCAAAGUAGUUUAAUAAAGUGUAU